UGUUUCUCUUCCUAGCUGAGCUAAUCGUUCGAAGACACUAUCAAAUGUUCCUUACUAGAUUAUCUCAUCGUGUUUGUUAUUUAGCAUCGCCAUUACGAUGUAUAGCAUCUCGAGGUUCUUGUUCUUCAAAAUUAUUCGUUGGAGGGCUUAACUACGACACAAAUGAACCUGUUUUGAAGAAUGAGUCUGAAAAAUACGGUCAAGUUAUAAAUGUGAGAGUAAUAUGCGAUCACGUGAGCGGCAAGUCAAAAGGCUAUGGAUUUGUGCUAUUUGAUUCAGAAGAAGCAGCUGCAAGUGCCUUAGCUUCCAUGAACAAUCAGUUACUCGAAGGCAGACAGAUUAGAGUUGAAUAUGCUCGUCCUAAAGGAGGUUUAGAUCAGAAUCCGAAUUAAUUCUAGAUUUCUCAACGCAACUGAAACUUUAGAUAUGCUGGUGAAGCACCACCAUAACUCAGGGAAACUGCAUUCACUCUUUCCAUUUGUAACAGUGUAGAACUCAAUAAUCUUUUUGGUGAAGAGUCUUAAGUCGUCUAUGUAACGACUGUGUGUGUCCUCUUCUAAGAUUUGUUACUGUCCUCAUAUUCGUUGUUGGUGCUUGUUCUUCCUUCUCAGCUU